AUGUGGCGGGAGUCCCAAGAGUCUCCGAGGUUUUGGAAGUUUCAGACAACCAAGUGGAAAGUGCCCGAAGCUUUUGGAUGGAGAGCAAAACAUGGCCUCGAUCGACAGGCUCAGCAGCUUGCCGGACGUUGUCAUUGCCACAUUCUCUCUUUUCUCCCGACAAAGCACUCAGUGGCGACCAGCGUUCUAGGAAAAAGAUGGAGGGUUCUAUGGGCCCAUGUACCCUGUUUGCAUUUCGAAGGAUUCGAUUUCGAGAAAGAAGGAACACAAGCCUCGAACAAUUUCAGGAAAGAAAAAACACAAGCCUGGGACAUCAUCCACAGGGUUAUUUUGCGGCAUAAGGCAAAAAGAAUUGAUACUUUAACACUCUACAUCGACUGCAACGAGUAUCAACUGGAGACAUUGAUUACAACCGUCAUCGACCAUAGUAUCCAGAAUAUUUAUCUUGAACUUGACUUAGAAAUAUUCCCUCGAUACCUCUUCAACUGCAAAACCAUUGCCGACUUGAAGCUUGAUAACUGUUGCGCUUCACUCUCUGCUCUGAACAAUGUCUCUCUGCCCAGCCUCAAGAAGUUAUAUGUUUAUAAUCUUAUAUGCGAGAAAGAUGAUGCACUUCCUUACUUUCUUUCCGGCUGUCCGUUGCUUGAGGAGUUGAAUAUGAGAUUCAUCUUUGUGGAAGAAAAUAUGUAUGUGAGCUGCAUAAAUAUAUCGUCACCCACGAUAAAGAUGCUUCAGCUCUAUUUUGACUAUAUCAAUGGUAUCCUUGAAUAUAGGAUGAUAAUAAAUUCCCCGGCCUUUAGGUAUCUCAAAGUUGAUGGCUAUGACUUGGAGUGUAUAACAAUUCCUAUAACCAUGAUCUCCUUAGUUCAGGCGGAUAUUCACUUAGAAAAUUAUACGUUCUUACAUCUCAAAACGAAUUACAAUUCCACGGUGGCGAAGUUUCUUCAUUCUAUGUGUUAUGUAAAGUGCCUAAAGAUAUCAGGUUGA